CCAGGCUUUUCCUGGGUGAUGGCACCGUCGAGGUAACGAGAAUUGCAAUGAACAAGGGGUUGGUAUAUAUCAAACCACCAACUGUCGUCAUGGGUGUCGACGAUGAGUUUAUAAGCACCUCACUGAUUGAUCUGGAGAAUUGGCCUUACUCCUUUAAGUUAAAGGAACAGAUGACACGUAAUUCUUAUCAAGAAUUGACAUCUAACAGAGUUUACGUUGUAGGUUGUAGCGCUCUCGCCAGUAUAGUGGAUCUUACUACCAAUAAAACCAUUAGCAAUUGUUUUAGUAUUUGCAUUGCCAGUGAGCCGAGUCAAUAUUCAGAGCCGUACGACAUUGACAGUAGAUAUUGCACAUUGGAUCUAUCUUCUAUGAAUACAGCUGCCUUGGAGAUUCACCUAACUCGACUCAAUCUAACCGAGUUACACUUGGUGAAUACCUCCAACAUCAAUGUCAUCAUGUUCAAUGGUGAUGAUGAUUAUGAUCUUCAAGGAGUAUUAAACGGAAGUAGAACGAAUGUGGAGGCCACCCUGGCAUGGUACAUGAAUGAUCAUCUUUCAUGUAAAGAGGCCAUUAAUACUGAUACAUACGCCUGCGUCAGUCAAAAUAGUCUUUGCCGUGAUGUCAUGACUGAUACAAUCUACUUGAGUAAUAGCAUUGGAUAUUUGUGUCAAUGUUCCGCAAGUUAUCAAGGCAAUCCCUAUGUACCUAGUGGCUGUCAAGGUGUCAUCAUUGGUGCAAGCACCGGCAUAGGCCUAUUACUCUUAUGUUCGAGUCUCCUUAUCCUGAGAAGGAAAUGGGAAAAAAGAAAACAAAAGAAAACUAGAGAAAAAUACUUCCAUCAGAAUCAUGGUUUACUGCUACAACAGUUAAUCUCGUCUAGUGAAGAUAUUAGUGAGAGAACAAAGAUAUUUUCUCUGGAAGAGAUGGAGAAGGCAACAAAUAAUUUUGAUGAGACUCGAGUGCUCGGCCGCGGCGGACAUGGAACGGUUUACAAAGGAAUUUUGUCAGAUCAACGUGUAGUCGCCGUCAAAAAAUCUAAAUAUGUGAAACAAAGUGAGAUAGACCAGUUCAUCAAUGAGGUUGCAGUUCUUUCUCAGAUUAAUCACAGGAAUAUUGUUAAGCUUUUCGGGUGUUGCUUGGAAACUGAAGUUCCCUUGUUGAUUUAUGAGUUUAUCUCGAAUGGGACUCUUUUAGAUCAUCUCCAUAUUCCAGAAGGUAACUCUACAUUAUCAUGGGAUGAUCGCCUGAGGAUUGCUGUUGAGGCUGCCGGAGCGCUCGCUUAUUUACACUCGGCUGCUUCAAUUUCGAUAUUUCAUAGAGAUGUCAAAUCAUCAAAUGUUCUCUUAGAUGAUCAUUUAACGGCUAAAAUAUCAGAUUUUGGAUCUUCAAGACUUAUUCCACUCGACCAAACUCAUUUACUCACUGCUGUACAAGGCACCUUUGGAUAUCUUGACCCGGAGUACUAUCAGACCAGUCAGUUGACGGAGAAGAGCGAUGUUUAUAGCUUCGGAGUCAUUCUUCUAGAGCUUUUAACAGGUAAAAAGCCAAUUUUCUCCACCGAAUAUGAAGACAGACUGAAUCUAUCGAUGCAUUUUCUUCAAACGGUGAGAGCGAAUCGCCCCUUUGAUCUUAUAGAUGAUCUUGUUAUGAAAGAAGCGACCGAAGAAGAGCUCAUCGACAUGAUUGGAUUGGUAGAAAUGUGUUUAAGAUUGAAAGGGGUUAAACGGCCUACGAUGAAAGAGGUGGAGGAUAAAUUACAGAACUUGAGAAGGAUCAGACUGAAAAAAACAGGACAUUGUUUGGUUAAAGGUGACGAAGAAACCGAGCAUCUGCUGAGAGACUCACCUUAUGCCUUCUCUGAAGUCGUCGACCCAGCAAGUCAAGGUACAUCCAGGAAUUAUACCUUAGAGAAAGAAUUUAUGUGGUCGCAUCAUCACCCACGGUGAGUUUGUAUUCGAUGUCCAUAUCAUUAUUGACUGCUUGAAUGCCACUGAAUAAGCUUCC